AUGGGUUGUUAUAAUUUUAAAAAUUCUCAAGUUUAAAUUUAAGAAAAAGAUUAAUAUCCAGUAGACUAGAAUGACUAAAUAUAGUAGAAUAAAUCAUUAAUAGAUAAAUAAUAAAUUACUACUGAAAAAUAGUUUUCUUAAACUUAAUAAAAUAUUAACUCCCCGAAAAUAAAUUUUGCAGUUCCUAUUUAAGAAAACCCCUAUCUUAAAUUAAAUGAAAAAAUAAAAUAAAUAUUACUAGAUUUAGGUCCUUUUAAUUAUAACAAUUAUAAAUAAUUUGAAGAAAAAGAAUUUUUAAAUAAUGAUGAUGAUUAAAAACUACAAUGGUUUAAAUUAAUUGAUAAUUCUUUCUAUUUAGGAUAAUGGAAAGUUGGGAAAAGACAUGGAAAAGGACUUAUUAUUUGGAAUAAUGAAUCAUUUUUCGAAGGAUUUUGGAAAAACGAUAAAAUAUAUGGUAUUGGAAGAUUAAUUACAUUUAAAUAGGAUAUAUAUGAAGGUGAGUUUUUAGAUUAAACUUAAGUUGAAAACAUUGAAAAGUUCAUUAGUGAAUUGGAUUUUAAUAAUCAAGACUAAAAAUAAUAAAAUAUUUAUAAUUUAAAAAAUGAUCUUUAUUUUUUUCAUGGUUAAGGUAUGCUUACACAUAAAGAUGGGUCAAUUUAUUAAGGUAAUUGGAAAUAUAAUUAAAUGGAAGGAUUUGGUACAUAUUAAUGGCCUGAUGGUAGAGUCUAUAUAGGAGAAUUUAUUAAGAAUAAAAAAUAAGGAGAAGGAAAAUUUCAAUGGCCAAGCGGCAGAAUAUAUAAAGGAUAAUGGUUAGAUGGAAAAUAAAACGGUUAUGGAGUAUAUAUUAACUUUAAAAAAUAAAAAAAACUCGGUCUUUGGAAAAAUGGAAUGCUUGUUGAAUGGAUAAAAUAAAAUUAUUAAGAUUUUCAAAUUAAAACUGAAAAUAUUAUUGUAGUUUAAAAAAAUAUAAAUUAAAAAUUUAAUACAUUGAAUCAUAUAUGA